AUGGAUGAUGAUUGGUGCGUGUCUAUGCAUGUCGGACAGCAUUUAUACCUGAUGACGACGAAAGCGAAUAUAUCGCAUUUCUUCUCCAAAACUGUAUUCAGCUUCACUACGAUUGCUGGGCUGUUUUACCUAUUGGGCGAUUAUGCGCUUCGUUUUCUCCAUUUGGCGAAGGAUGUCAACGUUUCUUCGCGUCAGUUUCCUCUGAAGGUACAAUUCCCGUUUGAGCACGCCAACGAAUCACCGACUUAUGAGCUGCUCUUUGUAAUAGUAUUCUUUCAUGGUAUGUUAAACGGAUACUCAAUCAUCAUUCUGAACUUACUGAUUCUCAGCAUGGUACUCCACGCAAGCGGGCAAAUCGAUAUCAUAUGCCACGAGUUCAAGAAUAUUUCCGGAGACACUCCGCUUUACGGUUCUUCCGCGUCCAAGAUAGGGAUGCUGAUCGAGAGGCAUAACAGAUCGGUGCACGGUGAAGCCGGCAUCAUGUUAUUGGUGAAAGCUGUUUUUGCUGGCGGCGUCUUAAUGGUGGAAAUUUUUGUUUUCUGUUUUGCCGGAGAAUAUCUUAGUCAUAAGAGUAAGUCAAUCGCCGAAGCAGCCUACGAUUCGUUAUGGUAUGAUAUGUCGCCGAAUUAUGGUAAAAUGGUGUCGUUCGUGAUAAUGAGAUCCCAAAAGCAAGUGACGUUCACAGCAGGAGGACUCACGAAUUUAUCUUUGGAAACUUUCGCGAAU